CAAAUGGGGAACUGAAAGCAGCUCAACGCCGCUCCCUGUUCCCCACUGCAGCCUCGCCAUCCCCAAGCUGCUCCUGAAUCAUGGCACCCACGGCGCUGGCCCUCAUCCUGGGUUGGUGGCUGGCGGCAGCGAGCGGAGCACAGCAUGUGCCCCGACCCUCCCUGUCGCUGCACCCCAGCCAGGGGAUAGAAGUGGGGGACAAUGUCACCCUAAGGUGCCACCUGCCCCGGUUGCCUGCCUCGGUCUGGCUGUACAAAGGAGGAGUUAGGACAUAUCGCAAGUACAAGGACAAGGAGCAGGACACUGCAGAGUUCUCCUUCUUGAGCACAAAUUGGGAGCACACAGGUUCAUAUCAGUGUCAGUACUGGCUGCACAGGACAGCAGAGACAUCGGAGCUGAGCGACCCCGUGGAGCUGGUGCUGACAGAUCACAGCUUCCCCCCACCCAGCAUUUCCCUGAGCCCUGCAAAACGUGUGGGGACAGGGACCAACGUCAGCAUCCAGUGCUGGAUCCAGGGCUAUGGGGGCGCCUUCCUCCUGCACAAGGAUGGGUGCUCAGCCCCCAUCCAGCGCCAGGAGCUCCUCGGGGUGGACAAGGCCACCUUCACCAUCCUUGGGGUGACCCCGGCUGACAGCGGCACCUAUAGGUGCUCCUACCGCCCCUGGGCUCAGCGCUUCCUGUCCUCACCCAUUGGGAACAACGUGACUCUGGAGGUGGCACCCACACCUGCACCCCCAGGGGCGCCCAAACCUGCAGAGCCCACGGGUGCUGAGGAGCAGUCCCGUGCCAAUCUGGUGCUGGCACUGGUGAGGGGCUUUGUGGCUGCGCUCGUCUUUGGCCUCGGCCUUUUCUUCGUCGUCGAUGCCCGCAGCCUCUGGAUACGGGCAGAUCAGAGCCGUGCAGCCACAACCCACCUUUCCCUGCGAGGAGCAGAUCAGGCGGUGGCACCAGUGUCCAAGCAUCCUUUAUCCGCGUCGCUCCGUGAUUCUUCCUGGGACGCCCCCGAAUUUUGUUGCAGGGCCGUGGAUUGGUUGCUGAUGGAAAGCUCAAUAAACGCUCUUGUGCCGUUCCUCCGAGUCACUGCCUGACUCUGUUGCCCUGCAGAGCCCAGGGAAGCACAGGCUGCCCUUCUGGGGCACUGUGCAGAGAGCCUGGCGUUCUUGUGGGGGGCAGCGUGCCAGGGCACACAGCCACAGCCCUUUGGGGACCUCCUGUGACACCCCAGGGUUGGCAGAGCGUGGGGCGCCU